AUGUUGGAGGAACGAAUAAAAGAAGGAUUUGGUCCGCUUAUUGCUAUACUUACAUCAGAUGCUGUUGAAACAAUUAUUGCAAAAAAUAAAUUAACUUUUGCCGAAUUGCUUUUACCCUUUCGUAUCAUUAAUUGCACAUUGAAAGAUCCAUCUGGUCAAUCAACAACUUCUCGAAUUCAUUUUGAUUUUCGAGAUCUUCGUCGAGAUGGUUUUCUGCUAAGUUUAACUGUAUUGCCCUCUGUUCUUCAUGAAGCUGUUUCGGCGGUAGCGUCUACUUCCGAUACUGAGCUUGCUGCAACUGUCCUCUGUGAAUCAUUAUUGCAUUGGGCUGAACCUACAGAAUAUGAAUUUUUACAUACAUAUCUAGCUUGUAUGUUUGUAAUUUCAUCAAAUGAUUCUGACCCAAUGAACGAAUUGGCCAAAUUAGUGCAUAUGCAACAUUCACAACAGCAUGGAGGUUCAACAAAUGCUGUAGGACCGGCGCAUUGUGUUCCACCUAAAUGGUUAUUACCAAAUAUUUAUAAAUUUUACGUUUUACUUCAUGAUCUGUCAGCCGAUAAUGAUUCAAGGUUUUUUUGUAAAAUUCAAACAAAUGAAUUAUUUUCAUCGAUGUGUUCAACUUAUGGUGUUCAAAAUUGUCAUUUGUUACGAAUUAAUUCGGGAAAAAAUGUUGGACUACCUGAUAUAUGGGAAAAUAUUUUAGAAAAACGGUAUCGUGGAUUACAGAAUGGCUUGAUUCUUGCUAGGAAAAAUGUUCUUUCAAAAAGCGGUGUUGCAACUGAUAUUGCUCAAAAUUCUUAUAAAUCAGUGGAUUUAAUGAAUUCGUUGGAUAAUACUCAUAGUGAAAAAUCCCUGCGUGGUCAAUUUUUAACAGUUGAGGAUCGUGAAAAUAUUACGAAAUUUGUUGAUUCAAUGUUUAAAACUGGAUUGAUCCCAUUUUUUGAGCGACAGAUUAGUAUUUUAAAUGAACAGAUCACAGCAAGGCGUGGUAUUAGCAAGUCAUUUGCAACAGGAAUGAGAAAAUGGUUCGGUACUACAUCUCAGCCAAGCCUUGGUUCAAACAUCACAUAUUCAAUGGAAAGCACGGAAAUGCAGACCAGGCGUUUAGCAGAUUUAAGUUUUAUAUUUGGCUUAUAUUCAUAUGCAUAUCAAGUAUAUCAGAAUAUCAAAAAAGAAUUUGCUGUUGAUCAAGCUUGGUUGUAUCAUGCAGGUGCUUUGGAAAUGACUGCUAUUUCCGCUUUUCUAAAUACACCUCAAAUAACUGCAAAACAAUAUCCAGCUCAUUAUAUGGACAACGCAAUUGGUUAUUAUUCUAACUGUGGACGAUCUGUUGAAAUUAUCAGAGCAGCUCUACUAAGUACACUGAUUCUUACGUCAUUAGAAAUGUAUGUGGAAUCGGCGACACAGUUGUUAAAACUCACUGUUCUUGAAAAUGACCUUUAUAGUGGUAUAUUAUUGGAAAGGGCUUCAAAUUGUUUUGGAAUGGCAAAAAUGAUCAGAAAGAUGGCUUUUCAUUAUGUUCUUGCUGGUCAUCGAUUACAUAAAGCCGGUCAAAAGAGUUUAUCGCUGGAAUGUUAUAGGCGUGCCCUUCCGGAAUAUGCUGGAAAGAACUGGCAGUUUGCUGAGGAUCAUAUACUGUAUACGUUAGUGAAUGAAAAUAAACAAAGUUCAGAAACAUUUGCAUUAUGCGAGCGUUUAAUACGUGCGGAAUCUCAGCAAAAUGCAGAACAACAACAGCUCUUUCUUAAAGCUUACAUAUCGUUAUUGAUUCAGCAGUCAAAUUUGCAUAAAAUUAUGCCGACAGUUAAAAUCCCUUUGGUUAACAUGCAAAAUAUAGCGACAAUUUAUGGCAAUGUACCCCUUAUUUUGCCUCCAGAAGUCGAGCAUGGCAAUGAUCAAUUUUGGAAAGAAUUAGAACAAAAUGCAUUUCAAAUCAUCGCUGAGGAAUCGGACAUUUUUAGGCCAUCACCAACAGUUAGCUGUUCAGCAACAAAUAAUGCAAAAAUACAUUUCACUCCACCUUAUGAGAAAUUUCGAGUGUUCAUCGAAUUGAAAAACCCGCUAGAAGUGCCUUUGCAGAUUAAACAGGCGCAUUUAGAUGUCAAAGGUCACCUUGCCUGUUUUCAGCAAAAUUUUAUCGAUACGGUUAGUUCACUAUCUAUAAUUUUGGAUGCACAUAGCGAUUGGACUGUUUUUGAGUUUUUUGUAUUUCCCAAUGAUAAAUUGAACGAAUUAACUGUAUGUGGAUUAAUCUUUGAUCUUUUUCUGGAUGGAUUAUCGGUCACUUGUCAGAUUCCACUUGUCAUUCGCGGUCCGCGCCUUUAUAGCACAAAAAAACAAAUUACUUCUGUUAUAUAUGGAGUUGACCAUAGAUUGAAAGCUCAUGUUUCGACAGAUCAGUGGCCGCUUCUCAAUAUCGAAAUGCCUUUACCUAAAUAUAUUGAUCUUUUCUGCGGCCAGUUUUAUCGUUUUAAUUGUACUUUUACGAAUACUGGCUCUGUGCCUGUAAAAAAUAUUUCGCUGGUUACCAAUCAGGCUGAAUGUUUAUCCAUAUUUGAAGAAGUACAAGAUGGUGAUAAUAUAAACAGAUGGAAGUUGGCUUGGUGCACCACUUCAAAAAACAACAAAAAUGUUUUAAUAUUCAAAUUGCAAAAUUCUGUUACUGCUGUUGGUGAAUCAAGAAGGUUAAAGGUUGCAUUGCGUGCUCCACAAAUAGAUACUGAUGCUUUUAAUGUUUGUUUAUUAUUUUAUUAUCGUGGAAUCAAUGGUUUAUUUAGAGAGGAAAGAUUUUCUACCAUGUUAAAAGCUAAAAAACUGCUGAAAGUAUCGCUUAGACUAAUUGACCUCGCUGAAGGAUCUUAUGUGCUUAAUCUUAAAAAUGACACAAGUCUUGAAUCUGUCCUAGUUAAAGUGGAGCUUUUGCGACUUCGUUUAGCGCAAAACUUCCAUUCAAAUAAUGGACCAAUGUCUGCACAAUUUCGUCUUUUUUCUUCAACGUCUCGUUCAGAAUAUUUAUUUCAUUUUAUUAAUGUUUCAGUAAAAUUAGAUUGUGGUCAAUGUGAAAAUUUUUGUUUCCGAGCAGUCAACGAUGUUUCACUUAUGCAUUCGCCUGCAAAUAGUCAUCUUCCAUUUACCAGCUCAUCAAUGGAUCUUUGGUUGUCCAGUCCAGUCUCUGAUUUACCAGAAUGGCCCGUAUCUCCACUUAAGAUCUCUGAUGCGUGGAACAAACCAGAUGAGCAGAAAUCGUUACAAUUAUUCAAUUUAGGACUUUUGUGGAAAGCGAAUAUCGUAAAUACUGAUGGUUUAGUGUCAAAUGUUUUUGGGGAAAGUUUUAUUGAGAAUUCAUUUAUUAGCGAUUAUUCUACCGUUAAUGAAGAAAUAUCAAGAACUGAAUGCGUUUCUCCUUUAUUAUGUUCUGUGAGCACAGAAUCAGAUAUUAUAUUACAUGAUUUUAGCGUAAAAAGGCUUUGUCAAAUUCCGGUGCAAAUAAUGAUCUCAAAUCGAGAUAUCGAUUGUCGAAACUGUGAUGUUGUUUUGGAAUAUAUCACACCCAGUGAUAGUUUUCGAUUACCUCGAAUAAAUUCUGCAGAAACUCGCCUUCACUUAUCCUCAGCAUCUCAGCCAUUACCAUCAACAGCAUUUCUUCAACGAUCUUCUAUCUCGCAGCCGCUUAUUGUUGCUAAUCGCUCAGUAUUUCGAGCUAGAAUUUUGUAUGGGCACACUCAUAUUUUUCGAGUUAAAUUAAGUGUUCCAUGUGCAUCUGUCUAUAGUAUUUCAUGUUUUCGUGCAAAUGCGAGAUUUGAUAAUAGUGAAACUGUUGUGCCUAUCGUUAUACCCAAUGGUUAUGUAACUGUGAUAAUGAACGGGUCAAAUAGGAAUUUAGUAUAA